GUGACAACUUGGCUGAAAGUCAACAGAAAUUUGUAAACUGGAAUGUAUUUUGCUCGAAAGUACCGAGUUUCUCUAAAAUUGACCUAACAAAUUGAACGUUCUACUUAAUAAAUAGCUGCGAAUACAGCCAUGGAUCCAGAGCCUUCGGUUGCUUGUCGUUUGUGUCUUCAGCCGUCUUUGCCAGUUUCAAUGAUAGUUCUGAACCAGAAUGAAGGGUUAGUAAAAGCGAUUCAACAUAUCACAAGUGUUGAGGCCAUACUGGAUCCCGACCUCGAUGUUCACAUGUGCAAAAACUGCCACACGCUCCUAGAACAGUGCAUACAAUUCCGGACGACGUGUCUCUGCAAUGAUAUCAUUUUUCGAAAAUUACACAUCAAAGAAAUUCGUGAAACCAACGAGUCACCUGAAACAUACACAAAGGUCGAAGUUGUGAAACUAGAAACCACGGUAGAUAUCGAUGUCGUCAAAAAUGAAGCUGAAACCGAUAAUGACAGUGACUAUAAACCGGAGGUUGAAGCUGAUAGUAACUCAUGUGAAGAUGUUAAACCCAUCGAGAAAGCAAACGUGAAGCCACGGAAGAAGCGGGGCAGAAAACCAAAACCAAAGGACCCCAAAGACGAAAGUCGGUCCAAAAUAAAGGUAGUUUCGCAUAAGGCACAAUGUCAAAUAUGUGGCAAAAUGGUAGCAAACACUAAUCUUGGCGCGCAUCAGCAAACCCACAAUCCCAACCGACCAAAGUUGGUUUGUCCUCAUUGCCCUACACAGUACACAGACUCGAAACGUUUAAAGCUGCACAUAAACAACAAACACACGCAUGAAGUGCAAUACUCAUGUGAUCGUUGUGGGAAAACUUUUGCAUCGCCUGACUCCUUGCGAGUGCAUUACGUUGCUUUACAUACGGAUAUCAAGAAGUAUGAAUGUACACUUUGCGGCGAGAAAUUCUCGCGAUCUACGUCUCGUAGACACCAUUACAAAAUGGUACACACAACAAUUCGUCCAUACGAAUGCGAAUACUGCGAAAGAACGUUCAAAUUCAAGUGUGAUUUGACACUUCACACACGAACGCACACGGGAGAGAAGCCAUUCGAGUGUGACAUUUGUCAUAAAACGUUCAACAAAAGCUACAACGUUGUGAUUCAUAAAAAAUCGCACCAAAAUGAAAUGGAAAGGGCUGCUGAAAAAGCGAUGAAGGUUGUGCAAAAUGUAUGUUAGCUUAAUACUUACCAUGAUAGUUGAUAACUGCAUGAAUCUGGGUAUUCUUAUUAAAUACAUUGUUUUUUUAUGAUGGACAUCUAAGCGGAAUAAGAAACAAAUCCAAGUAAUGAAAUAUUUCUUUUAAUUCUGCUAAUAAGCACAUCCCUUGAAAUAUGAAGGCAGCUCGACGGACCAUCUCAUCGCAAGCAAAGCCGAAGCCAAAACUCGCUUCCAAGCGAGCAAGCCCCACUAAGAUCGCCAAACAGUUCAGCGAGCUUCUCAGCGGCCAUGUAAAAAUCAACGACCAUAAACCGUGCCUUCCGCCUUCUCGGGAGGUUGACACGAAUACCAGUGACGUGAAAGACAAUCGAACAAGCAGGGGAAAUAGUUGUCAAGUCAUUCGUGAAGAACAACCGUUCAUCGAAUUGUCGUGUCAUUUUUCGUGUAUAGAAGUGUCAGAAGGGAUU